UAUUAAUUUGUUUAUACCUUCAAUUAUUCAAUAUGCCUGCAGUGCGUCGAAGAACCAAUAGAUCUGUCAGCAUAUCGGAGGCUAAACUAAGAGCAAAUGAAAAUGGCACAGAACAUACUGCAAAGACGGAAAACACUAGAAUCGUUAAAGAAAUGCCACAUUAUGGUACAAAGAUAUGUCACGAAGCGAGAGACUCUUUAUUUAGCUCGAAAAGUGGCUUCUCUGAUUAUCGCGGAUUUUUGAACCUCUGUGUCAUACUUCUUGCUAUUAGCAAUGCAAGAUUAUUUCUUGAAAAUGUUCUAAAAUAUGGAAUAUUGGUUGAUCCUUUUCAAUGGCUUGCAGCGAUUUUCCAAGACCCAUAUGAGUGGCCAAAUGUGUUGUUGAUGUGCGCUUCCAAUAUUUUUAUAGUAGUUGCAUAUUACAUAGAGCUAGCUGUUGCCCGAAGCAAAAUUUCAAACAGCGUUGGCAUAGGGUUCCAUGUAAUAAAUCAAUUAGGAGUAGUAGUCCUUCCGCCAUUGCAAAUAUUGAUGUUAGAACCUCACCCAAUAGGUUCAGUCUUUGCAUGUGGUACGUACAUCAUUGUCUUUGUUAAACUGUGGUCCUAUGCACAAGCAAAUAGCUGGUAUCGGGAAGAUUAUCUCAAAGCUUCGAAUCAAAAAAGAAAACUUCGACGCACAGCUUCAAUGCCAGAUACAAGGAUCGAUGAAAAACUGAAUCCAGAGGCAAUUCAGGUCCAAUACCCAUACAAUUUAACAAUAAAAAAUUUAUACUAUUUUAUGUGCGCACCAACUCUAUGCUAUGAAUUGAAUUAUCCACGAAGCAUAAAAAUACGAAGAGCUUUUCUCUUGAGAAGAAUUAUAGAAGUGUUGUUUUUACUGCAACUUGAAUUAGCUCUUUGUCAGCAAUGGAUUGUUCCUACUCUACAAAAAGCCAUCGCCCCAUAUAAGCUGGAAGGAAGCAGAAUGUUGGAAAGACUUCUUCGACUUGCGAUACCUAAUCACUUUAUGUGGCUUAUCUUCUUUUACUGGUUUUUCCAUUCUGUUCUAAAUGUUAUUGCCGAAGUUUUACGUUUCGCGGAUCGUGAAUUUUACCGAGAUUGGUGGAAUUCAGAAACAAUUGUUUAUUUCUGGCAAGCAUGGAAUAUACCCGUACACAAAUGGUGUACGAGACACGUCUACAAGCCUAUUUUAAAAUCAGGUGGAUCGAAGUUUAUCGCACAAGUUGCUGUAUUCCUACUAUCAGCUUUUUUCCACGAAUAUAUGGUCUCGAUUCCUCUUCAUGUUUUCCCUUUCUGGGCGUUUAUGGGCAUGUUAGCUCAAAUCCCAUUGUCAGCUGUCACAUAUUGGGUUUCUUCAAGAUACUCAGAAAAUCAAUGA